AUGUUGUCCGUCUCCGCGGUAACCGCGGCCACAGUCCUGAGCCGCGCAGCGGAGGCGAUGGCGGGGGGUCCAGAGCCCGAGCGUAAGUGCGCGCCCGGCGCUCUGUGUUUGCAGGCUGAGGUCUGUGGGACCUGCGGUUUGCCCAGACCCCGAGCUGCUCCCAACCCGGGGUGGAAAACGAAAACCUUGCUGGGGCUGCCCCUCAGCCCCGGGUGCCCAGGGAGUGGGACUGCGUCUGGGGACGCGGUGCCACCUCCGAAAGCCCGGGAGCCACACUCUGGGGAAGCAGGUCGUAUGCGCGCGUGCGUGCCGCUUUACGUGAGAUGGAAACACUGUGGGGUGCAAGGUGAUAGGCCUUUAUGCAAUCUAACAAAGCUUUUGAACAAACUUCAGAAAGAUCACAGAGAUGACAUCUAUCUCUACACCUCUGGGCACUUGAAUUCCAAUAAGCUCUACAGGCCUCCUGAGACAAUCCUUUAUCACUGGCCCAAUGCCAAUAGACCAAAAGGGGAAAAAAUCUUCAAAGUAGAGAAACCAUCUGAUAAGAAGAUUGCAAAGAUGAAAGAUGCUUUGGCUUAUUUUACCAUCAAUACAGCUCUGAGUCCAAAAGAUGUCCAGACCACACCACUAUUCAGGUAUUUGGACCCUCUGGAGCCUAUUUCCCGCACUUCAGAAGAGGACUUCAUUCCAAGGAAGGCUCCAGGAAAAGAGGCUUCUGCAGAACUGCGGAGGAGAGAAGAGUUGAGAUUGCCAGAGAUGAAGGUUCUCAAGUACAGAACAGUGGAGUCCAGCCGUCAGUGUGUGAUGUCUCCCCCACCCAAGGAUAAGUACCAGUACAUCAGCUCCUACCUAGCUGGUAUUACAAAGACAGACAAGUACAGAAAGUUCCUGUGCUUCCAAAAAGAAGUUCUUGCAAAGCAAGAUCUCAUGAAGCACGAUUUCACUGGGAGAAAGGCAGCGAUAUGCCAUGAAAAGAAGUUGGAACAGGAGCUCCAGAAAGUGUGCAUAUGUGAACCUCAGCAGUUCAACAGACUGCACAUCUUUGGAGAAGUCUUUGAAGAUAUUUGCAAUAGUUCUUUGAUAUUUGGUGACAUCUUGAAAGAAGUCAAGGAUGAAUAUGAACUCUACAUGGCAAUCCUUCUGCAGUCCCAGGCCACGUCCCAGGACAAGACUCUGCUGGCUAAUGCCAAGGGGCUGGAGAGGAGAUCAGUGAAGACUGCAGAUGUCACCCAAGCCAAGGAGGAACUGAGGGCGAUGGUGGCAGCCACCAAAGCAGCCAUGGAGCAUAAUGACAAACUCAGAAGCGAACUCGAGAGGGAGCAAACACUGCUGCAAUCUGCUAAGGAAAAAUCAGCAUUAUCUAAGAAAGAUGUAAUGGAUGAGGAUCACCUCACUCUAAUUGAGAAGGUCGAAAAGAAGAGGUGUGAAAUACUUAAUAAAUGGGAUGAAAUUCAAGCUCUUGAAAGAGAAAUCAAAACAACUUUGCUUCAUACGGGAAUUUCACAUAUCACUGAGAAUAGGAUUAAAAGCAUAGAGACUGAAGCUAUAAAAUUGGAAACAGCAAACAGAAUUUUAAAGAAGAAAAUGCAUGUUAUUGAAAGCCAGGUGAAGCAGACCAUGGAGAAGAGUAAGAUGAGCGAGGAGGGGCAGCGGAACCUUUGGGAUUUUAUUAAAGAAUUUGUAAACUUAAAGGAAACAGAAACUAACUCAAGUGAUUGGAAAAUGACCUAUGAAAAUUCAUAG